AUGGCAGCACAGCUCUUCAUCGUCUACCCGACCUGCAAGACCUACUUCCCGCACUUCGACUUCUGCGCCGGCUCGGCCCAGAUCCGCGCCCACGGCAAGAAGGUGAUGAAGGCGCUGGACGACGCCCUCAAGAACGCCGACCACCUCCACGAGAACCUGGCCGAGCUCAGCAACCUCCACGCCUACAACCUCCGCGUCGACCCCGUCAACUUCAAGCUCCUGGCCCGCUGCAUCCAGGUGGUGCUGGCCAUCCACCUCCGGGGCGAGUUCAACGCCCAGGCCUACGCCGCCUGGGACAAGUUCCUGGCCUGCGUGGCCGACGUGCUGGCCGAGAAGUACAGAUGAAGGGAGGCCGCCCGACGCCGCCGCCGACGCCGACGCCUGCGCAGCACCCCCCCCCCUU